GAAUCGAUUCAAUUAAAUGUAAAUAUUUUGCAGGCUCUGCAACGCUUGGCUUUCCUCUUCGCCCAUUAAAAAAACCUCUAUUUCUCUGCAAGAAUUUGUUUCCUUUCUAUAAUACUUUUCACUCUCCCCCCGGUUUUCGAGAAUACCAUGUCAAAGUCUAUUCAAAUACCAGAUUGUUACUACCCAAAAGAACCGGCUUUAGUUACUCCUAGUGGCCAAACUCCGGAUCAUACAAUCUACCUCUCAAACCUCGACGACCAGAUAUUUCUAAGGUUCUCAAUCAAGUAUCUGUACCUAUUCAAGAGACGAGUUGGAGUGGAGAGCCUUAAGGCUUCACUUUCUAAAGUUCUUACGGUCUACUAUCCGUUGGCUGGGAGGCUGAAAGCUAGCUCUGAAAAUGGGGAGAAGCUUGAGUUGGACUGUAAUAGUGAGGGGGCUUUGUUUGCCGAGGCCUGUGUGAGCAUCUCCGUUGAUCAAUUUCUUGAGGCAUCUGAGAGGCCAAACAUAUCAUGGAGAAAACUCUUGUACAGAGUGGAAGCUGAGAGCUUUAUUAGUAUUCCUCCUUUGGUCAUUCAGGUUCUUUUUUUGGGUAUCUACUCGCUGCCACUUCAAAAAGAAAGGUUGAUGGUGAUACUAAUUCCUCGGCGCGCGGAACCUAGUAAGGCCACCCACUGGCAUCGACCCCACACUUGUUUUGCUCCACUGAAGAGACGAGGCCAAAAUAGAAGGGAUUCGAAGGUUACUCAUCUUGGUUGUGGAGGGAUGAUUCUCUGUACAGCAAUCAGCCACUGCCUCUGCGAUGGGAUCGGAACAGCACAAUUCCUGCAAGCCUGGGCACAUAUCACUACAAAGCCUGAUACCACACUUCCAAUUUAUCCCUUCCAUGGCCGCCAUAUGCUUAAGCCAAGAAAUCCAACACAAGUUACCUUUUCACAUCCAGAAUUCACGUACCCUGCAUCACAAGAACAUGUUUCUGUACUCCUCUCACAAUUCCUGCAAUGCCAACAACUUGUACCUGUCUCUGCAACAUUCACUUUCUCCCAAAUCCUCAAGAUCAAGAAGCUAUGCAUUCCUUCCCUCAAAUGUACUUCCUUUGAAGCUCUUGCGGCACACGUGUGGAGAUCAUGGGCCAUGGCUCUCGAUUUGCCACCGUCUCUUCAAGUGAAGCUUUUGUUUUCUGUCAAUGCGCGCAACAAACUGAAGCCUGGGCUUCCUAGGGGAUUCUAUGGAAAUGGGUUUGUGCUUGCCUGUGCUGAAAGCUUGGUUGAUCAACUUGUGAGUUCAAAUGGGCACUAUAGUGUGAAGCUUGUUAAGGAGGCUAAGGAGAGCGUGAGUGAUGAGAAGGUCAGGUCAGUGAUUGAUUUGUUGGAGGAGAGAAAGGGGAAGCCAGAUCUGUCGGCAAGCCUCGUCAUUUCUCAAUGGUCGAAACUUGGGCUGGAGGAUUUGGAUUUUGGAGAGGGGAGGGCUCUUCACAUGGGUCCACUUGCAAGUGAAAUAUACUGCAUCUUCUUGCCUGUAGUUGGAGAUUUCUAUGGCUUCACCGUUUUGAUGUCAGUCCCAGAGAAGACAGCUGCCAAAUUUGAGCAAGUCCUAAAGGUCUAUUAAACUACUAGUGCUGGGAAACAAUUAAAACAAACUGGAAAAGGAUUAUGGAUGUUUUAUUAGUUAAUAACGGUUGGACGAGAGCCAAUGCAGCAGCAACAUAUGUUGGUGUUGUUUACACA